CCCCUAACCAGAGCCGGAACCUCAACCUCCGUACAACCCAGACCAAAUGUGGAGGUUAAACACAGUCCGCCACAAAUCUGUGCGGCAAGGCAGAGACCUGGAAUCGCUGAAGCUGAAGAGACGAGAGCAUGAGAAAGUACUACGGCAAGCCCGGAGAGACAGACAACUUGUCAGCAAGAGACUCUUGUUGAAUGAAGAUGAAGAGGAAGAGGAGGGCUGCAUGGACACUGGUUCGGGAGAUGAGGUGGUGGAGUUGUUCCACAAACUUAAGCUUAGUGGCGAAGAGAAGGAGGCUCACCUGAAAGCUUUGAGCAAAGCUCUCCGCAACCCAUCAGCACAGCUCACCUUUAUAAAGCAAGAGAACAGUAUCCAUUUCCUUGUGGGUCUUCUCAGUGGCUCGAAUGCCCAGUGCCGCCUAAAGGCUGUUCAGUGCUUCCAUGAGCUGUCCCACUCUCACCACCCGAAUAUAGCCCCCGCCUGUCUGCCUGCCACCCCCUACCUGCUCACAUACCUAUCUGGACAGAGCACAAAGUUCACAGAGCUGUGUCUCUACACACUGGGUAAUCUGUGUCCUGACAGUGAUGUUGUUAGAGAGAAACUCUUGGCCCAGGGAAUCAUAUCUACUCUGGAAAACUGCAUAAAGAACCAGAAGCACAACCUGGCAUUGGUUGAAGCUGUGGGGUUCAACCUCUCCCAGCUUCUGCAGGCCAAAGAAGCAAAAGAGAAAAUAAUACCGAUGGUUUUGGCCUCUGACUUACCUCCACUUUUGUUAUCAGUAUUGACUCCAGACCCCCAGUUUGGCCUGGCUCCUGCCAUUGAGUGUGCCUGGUGUAUGCACUACCUUACAUGCAGCAGCGUAGAUAACAGUGUGUUGUUGGCUCAUGGGGUCUUGUCACAGUGUAGUGCACUGCUUGUGUCACUGGGUGGUGCAGUGGCUCAAGGAAACAAUGAGGAAGGAAUGGAGCUGUUAAUGUGGCCUUUGCUGCGUUGUGUGGGAAAUUUGUUGUCAUCUGGCCCCAUGGAUGACCUGAGCACCCAAGUAGCUGAUGUUCGUCUGUUAGCUGCUUUGUGUGCGCUUGCUCAGGUAUACCUCCCAACCCAGCCAGCACUGGCCAGAGAGAGUGUCUGGGUCCUCAACAACCUCACAGCCAAUUCGUUUGAGUUCUGCUCAGCUCUCUUGGUUUUGAACUUGGUUCCUGGGUUGAUCCAGCUUUUGCCUUUCUCUCAAGGCAUCAACACUAUGGUGCUAAGAGUUCUGGCUAAUAUUGCUCAUAAGAAAAAGCAAUGCUGUGUCCAGCUAGUCCAGGCUGGAUUGCUGCCUGCGCUCUGUGCUACUCUCAGAAUGGCUGACCCAGAAAUUGUGACGCUGAGUUUGGAGGUCCUGUUCAUGCUGGUAGCUGGUACUCCUCAGGUGGCUGAGGAGUUUAUGAAACAGAAUGGCCUUUCACUCCUUGAGGCCAUCCAGUACAACAGUGAAGGAGAGAAGAGGCAAAGAGCAACCCAUCUCCUGGAGCAACACCUAUGCUCCCAUCACAUGGUGGACAACGUUCCAUUUCAGUGAAUCUGCAGGGGGGUGUCACAUUCUGAUAUGUGGGGUAUGUCCCAGACUCUAACACCAUUACCCCAUGAAAUGUCAAACCAUCAGACAAUUCUACAUGUUUGUAUUUAAGCUUAGGGUGGUUAAGACGCAACUGAAAUCUGUUUGUAUAUAACACAACUGGCACAGUUUUUCUUUUCUUUUUUUUUUUUGCUUUGCUUUUUAGUAGAAAACAAGUCAAAUUGUUGGUCCAGUCAAUGAACAAUGCACAUAGUGAUGCUGUUGACAUGGCUGUUUUUUAUAAUGUCUGGACAGAUCCAAAAUUAGAUAAUAUUUUUGUACCUUAAACUUGAUAUUUUUAUGGACUAUGAUUGUGUUUGUAUUUAUAUUGCCAUCUUUCACACUUUUAUACAAUGCAUCAGCAUCACUCGACAGGGCAGACGAUGCACAGUGAUUAUCUACGUGCAUCUCUUUCUGUCCACCUGACCUGGACCUGCAAACACCCCUACUCCUUUUGUCUCAUCUACCCUGAACCAACCCCAAACCCAACGCAUUCUGUCUUGAUGCUUCUGCUGUUAACUGCAACUUUCACAAGCCAGAUCAUAAUCAUGCCUAACCUUUCAUGACAAACUGAAUGGGUCUAAAGACUACAAGUAAUACAUAGAUCAAGGGUAAUGCAAAAAAAAUAAAUCACCAUGGGUUUCCUUAGGAUUAAUUUAAUUCAUGAUGCAGAAAAUGUUAUCAGAUAGUAUUGUAAUGACCACGGAUAACUAGACUCGCUAGCCCUUGGUUAACAGGUCAGACCAUUUAGUUGACUAGUUAGCGCAGUUGCCCAUGGUGUGGGUGACCGGGUUCGCAUCCCGGCUGCAGCGGGUUCCUAGCUGCCCCCUGAAUUCGCUACAUUGGUGUCAGAAGUGGGAUGGUGAAACCGUGAGACCAUCGGAAUCGCGUGAGCCCAGAAGCAUGAGGGAACUGGUAUGCUGAAGCAUGGGGACGCACUUCCCGAAGGAGGGGGGUAGUGUAACGACCAUGGAUAACUAGACUUGCUAGCCCUUGGCUAACAGGUCGGCCCCUUUAGUCGACUGGUUAGCGCAGUUGCCUGUGGUGCGGGCGACCCGGGUUCGUGUCCCGGCUGCGGCGGAUUCCCGGCUGCCCCCUGAAAUUGCUACAGUAUUUUAUAUCAAGAUUGCUGCUAUGAUAAAUGACGUUUUUAAUUAUAUAUCACUAAAGAUUUCUACCUGAAACAAAUGCUGUUAAGUAAUCAAAAAGACUGAAUUGUACUAUAUAUAGAUAAAUAAAAUGCUGCUUCAUUGCAAGUGUCAGACUCAACCUUCAUCCGUAGAAUAUUUUUUUUCUGAAAUAGAUUGUUAAAUUAAAAGGCAUUUUUGAAAUUAAAGAGGGAAAUGGAAA